AUGGCAUCGAGAGACGGCUACUCGUGGACAAAGGCCGACGGCCUGCGCCCCGGCGUGCCCUGCAUCGGCGCCAUCCAGCCGCCGAGCAACAUUGCGUCGUCGUCGUCGUCGCCGUCGACCGAGUUUGACGUCAUUGUCGUGGGCGCCGGCUACGCGGGCCUCACCGCCGCGCGCGAUGCCAGCGUCGCAGGCUUAAAAGUGCUGCUGCUGGAAGCGCGCGACCGCAUCGGCGGCCGCUCGUGGUCCUCCAACAUUGACGGCUACCCGUACGAGAUGGGCGGCACGUGGGUGUACUGGGGCCAGGCGACCGUCUGGCGCGAAAUCGCAAGGUACGGCAUGCAGGACGAGCUGGAGAGCUCGUACGACUUUUCGCGCGGCAUCAACAAGUUUCUGCUCGCUAGCACGGGCGGCACGCAGUCCUUUACCCACGAGGAAGAGGACGCCUUGAUGCAGUCGGGCCUGGCCAAGCUGUUCAACGUCGACGGCAAGGACGGCCGCGACGCGCUGCCCAUGCCGCACAGCGCGCACCUCUCGCCGUCGGACCGGCGCUUCGACGGCAUGUCGGUCGCGGACCGGCUCGCCGAGAUGGGCGGCCAGCUGACGCCGACCGAGCGGCUGUGCCUCGAGGGCUUCGUGCUGCUGUGCAGCGGCGCGACGCUCGCCACCACCAGCUUCUACGAGAUGCUGCACUGGUGGGCGCUCAGCGGCUACACGUACGAGGGCUGCGUCAACCACCUCGUGCGCUUCAAGUUCCGCGCCGGCCAGUCCUCCUUUGCCGUGCGCUUUCUCGGCGAGGCCCUCGCGUCGGGCAACCUGUCGUAUGCGUUCAGCGAGCCCGUCGCCGCGGUCCGCGAUGGUGGCGCACAGGGGUCCGUCACGGUCACGACGAGGAGCGGCAGGACGUUUGCGGCCAAGCGCGUCAUUUCCGCGCUGCCGCUCAACGUGCUGGAUACGGUCGCGUUCGAGCCGCCGCUGCAGGAGGGCAAGGCGGCGGCGGCGAGGACGGGACAUGUCAACCAGACCGUCAAGGUGCAUGCUGAGAUUCGCGAGCGUGAGUUGCGCUCGUUUACGGGCGUUAGUUACCCGCACAAUGGCUUGAUAUACGGGUUUGGAGACGGCGAGACGCCGGCGGGCAACACGCACGUCGUCGCGUUUGGCGGCCAGCACAAGCACUUUCACCCGGAAGACGACAUUGACCGAACCAUUGCCGAGUUCCACGGCUUCACGCCCAUGAACGUAGAACGCUUGGUGAGUGCCAUCCGCAACUACAAGCUGUGCCGCCGUGGGGGGCGAUUGAUUGCUGACCGAAGAGGGCAGGUUUUCCAUAAUUGGUCACGCGACGAGUUUGCAAAAGGCGCAUGGUUCUUCCCCGCGCCGGGUCUGCUGGCGUCGCACUUUGAGGACCUCCGAGCCCGCCAGGGCAACAUCUUCUUUGCCAGCUCCGACUGGGCCUCUGGCUGGCGCAGCUUCAUCGAUGGCGCCAUCGAAGAAGGAACGAGAGCGGCCGCGAGUGUACGGGCUGAUUUGAUAGGCCGGUCGAAAAUUUAA